AAGAAGAAAAACAUUGAAAAUGAGGCGUGACAUGCGAUAGUGUAAAAAAUAACGACAACCGUGUAAAAAUUUCUAUAUUAUUAUAGUUCGUCGAUAAAGUGAAUACCUGUACGAAAAUUGAAUUAUUUUAAAAGUGAUCCCUCGCAGACUAUAAUUUAUCAUGACCACCGCAACCCUUCCACGGGAGCUGGACGCCCAUAUAGUAACAUUAUUCGCAAGAAUAUCGGCGCUCCGAGAUAAUGCGAGCGAAAAUUCUGUGGAAAGAAGACCGCCGAUGUCGAUGGAGGCGAGGAGUCUCGAGCUUUGGCGAGCUGUGGCUAUCGAAUGUCUCGCAACUUCCAUCCUUGCUUUGGUCGUACCUGGCGCCAUUGCACCUGCCGUAAUAGAUCCAAGUACUCGUUUGUCCGCAUUGGCAGCCGCUCUUGCUACCGGUCUUGCGAUGGCCUCGAUUUUUUUAAUCUUCGGACACAUAAGUGGAGGUCACGUCAAUCCAGCAGUAUCCAUAUCCUUCGCCUUGUCCAGACGGAUCUCACCGCUACGUGCCGCACUGUACUUGGCAGCACAGUGUGGGGGUGGAAUAGCAGGUUCUGCGAUACUUCACAGCGUGUCACCGGAUAGUCUGAAGUCGCAAGGAUGGAUUAACGGAUCUAUCCAAAAACUUCUGGUGGAAUUGGCACUCUCUAUCCUGGUCGUUUUAGCCCAUUUCGCUGCUGAUACUCCUCGAGGACUUCCGGCAGCUGUUUCCUCGAAACCUGCUAUGGUUCUUGCAGCAGCCUACACAACUGCUACAUUGGUUUCGAGACCCUACCUGAACCCAGCUCGUGCCUUGGGGGUUGCCUUCGUGAAGAACGUCUGGAGCGAUCAUUAUGUUUACUGGGUGGGACCGAUUUCCGGGGGUGCAGUAGCAGCCUUACUGCACGAAUACGUGCUGAGUUCGAAAAGGUCUAAAAGUUCCCAGGAAAGCGACGACGGUGACGAUUCCUCCGUGCGAUCAGACGAAGACCCGUAUGAUGACUUGGACAAGCCAACGGGCCCAAAGUUUCCCAGCGCUUACGCAACCUACAGGCCCAUUGCCGGGGCCCCAUCCUCGAUUUACAGCGCUCCGCCGACGGCCAUUGAUCGCGUCGAAUCAAUUUACGGCGGGACGAAAUCGCUCUACUGUAAAUCCCCGCCAUUGACGCGGGCUAAUUUGAACAGAUCUCAGAGUGUGUAUGCAAAAUCUACAUCAGGACCCAGAGAUGGUCUGGUCAUUCCCAAACCUGGACCGUUGAUGCCUGCCCAGAGUCUCUACCCUAUGAGAAUCGGACAGAGUUCGCAAGGGGCAAGGGAAACUGUGCAAACCCAGAGUCAGAAUCACAACAGCACUAACCAGAACAUGCAGAAUCAACUGCAGCAAUGCACUCAGAGCAUUUAUGGUAUAAGAGGAAUUUCAACCAGCAUUAGCGCCCGAGAGAAUGGAAUCUACGGUGUCUCCACCGGGUCUAGUGUUUACGGAAGGGCCCCUGCACCUCCUCCGGGAACCCAGAAUGUCCAACAAACUGGCAACGCGCAAAAUUCUACCCCAAAUCAUGGCCCUACGGACUUAGGAGUGCAGGGAAAUCCUGGUAACGGUCAAAAUCCUGGGCAGAACGUACAAAAUCGGGGGGUGCCACUGGGGCACCAAAAUGCCCCAUCCAGCGUCAUUUCUUCGGUCCAAAAUCACUCCGCAGGGCACGCAAACGGCCCGUUAGCGACCAGCUCGGAGAACGGAGGGAAUCCCCGGAGACCGGAAAGCAUGUAUGGACAUGUUUCUAGGCGCAGUGAUGACUCGGCUUACGGAAGCUAUCAGAGCUCCGCGAGAGGGAAUUAUGGGAAGGCUCCUGGUCCUCCUGGACCACCGCAGUACAGGGGCGAAAGGCCCAGUCCGGGACCACUGCAACAGAAUCAAAGUCAACAGAGCAAUUUUCAAAGGAAUUCACCCAAUCCACCGUAUUGAUCGAUCGUGAAUCUGAAUACACGAUAAAUGUCACUUGACCUCUUACACGUGUGGACAUUAAUUCAGAGAUGGCUACAGUUUUUCGGCUGAGUCGAUUACGUUGGUAAUACAGAUUCAGCCUCGCGGCUGGCCGACAUCGGUACUGCAGGCUCAAUCUGUUUUUCCAACGUAAUCGAAUCGGACGAAAAACUAGCCGUCUAUGAAUUAAUGUCCACAGGUGUAUACGUGGAUACGUCAUGACUAGGGAUGUGCGAAUAGACCGAAAUCACGAGUAAUUCGACAUAAACCGAAUAAUAACAUGAAACGGAUAAUUCGAACUUCGAAUAAUUCACUUUCUUUAAAUUACAACUGUCUGGUCCCCUUAAGGGGAUGCUAUAGUCAGUCUUUACCGACGAGCACAAUAUGUCACUUAUUGUGACUAUUAUCAGCGAUUACGAGUUACUGAUGGGAAAAUCACGCAGAUAUCGCAAUUGUAUAUUGCAAUACCGAAAAAAAAAAUAUUGGAAAACUUCUUUGUUUCAUGCGCGGAUAACACCAGAAAAUGCAUUCCUAUACUUAAUGAUAAUUCGAUUACAGGAAUACAUUUUCUAGCGAAAUUUUUACGGAAGACCGUCGCAUCCUUUCAAGAGUCA